AUGCCAUGGAUAGGAUUAGUGCUUGUUCUUUUUCAUACAUGCGCCUGUGCAGUACCAACUGAAGUUGAGGUUACCAAUAAGACAUUAGCUGAGCUUCUCACACCUCCCGAUGCCACAGCAAAAGUGAAUAGUUUGCCAGAUUCUACCGAAGCAACAACAGCGGAAAAUGCCUCAUCAGUUACUGUGACAACAACAAGCAACGAAGAAAUGCUCUACGAAGAAGAGAUGCUCUACUACGAGGAGUCUCUGGUAGCAGGAGGCAAAGAAGAUAUCAUAGACCAGAGAGAGGAGGACGUCGAGGCCGCGGUAGUCGGAGAAGAUACGAUAAUGGGAGACACCAAUGGCGUGGAAGAGGCCAUCAACGUAGCAGAAACCGUGGCCGAGAUUCAAAUCGCUAUUGGAGGAGAAACUUCUAGAAAGAUUGGUACCAACGAAAAAGCCUUGCCAAAGUGUGCUUUCGUGGUCUAA